CGUGUGUAUGCUGAAGCUUGUAACAAAUUGCAGCGAGGGCUUCAUUCACUGCGCUCCAUCAGUUUUGCUGCACCAACAGGUCGAACUUGCGAUAUUCCCUCUUGGGGUUGCCAACUGCUUAUUUAGUCAUUGUAGCGAGGCUAACCUAUUUCGCUGGGAGCCAAGAACGCGGUGUAAUGUCAGAAAGCCGUGCCGAGUUCCAGGACUUUGCCCCAACAUCUAGAAAGCAUGUUGGUGGGCCGCAGGCCCAGCUAGGGCCCGGCCUGCAGCCACUGGAAGAGGCCAAGCUGCCGGUCAACCUGGCUCGUUCGCGUGUGGUGCACGACGGCGCUGACCUGAUCGACGACCCGGAUUCCUUUGUCGCUACGACCACCAAGCAGGCGGUGGCUGCGGCCGGCCCCAUGUUGAGCUCCUACCAGGCCAUGCAAGCCGGCAUGCCGCUGGAGCAGAAGAAGCGCACGGGCAAGAAGUGUGUGGCGCCGCAGGAGGUGCCGGGCGCGGGCCGGGGCGGGGGGCUGUUCUUUGGCUCAGCGCCCGCACCCAGCAGCACACGCGUGGACCCGGGGAUAGCGCUAGAGCUGGGCACCACAAAGCAGAGCUCCCACAUCCCCGGCUACAGCGGCCACAUACCCAAGACCUCCACAACCGCGGACCCCGCACCUCAUCGCACGCACGACAAAUCGCUGCUUGUUGAGAACUUCAAACCGUACGGCGCUGGGUACACAGGGCGGAAGGGGUGAACGCCGAAGGCAGGCGUACGCGGCGUGUAGAUCUUUAGUGUGGAAAGCGCAUGUGCGCAGCCGCGCUGCCGGUGUUCGGGGAAAAUAAAGUGAUGCAUGUCUAGCGAUGGGGCAGGCUGGCUGGAUGAGUCAUCUAAGGCCAGCCACGUGUGUGUGCCAAGUGUACAUGCCGUCACGCGCACGGACUGGGCAGCUCAGGGGAGUAGGUGGGUUUGCUAGGACCUCGUGGUGCAUACAUGGAAGACUCUUCAUGUAAGACUACAAAGCG